UUUAGAUUUGCAUCUUACUAUGGAGACCACAUGGUGCUGCAACAGGGCCCCAAACGAGCCAAUUUAUGGGGAUAUGCAUCCAAUUUAGGUGAAGUAGUUAGUAUCAACCUUGACGACCAGCCAGUCAUUACAGCACCUGUGGUUGCUGGGCAUUUUGAAUCUUGGGGUGUAUGGAGUGUCAAGCUACCACCAAUGCCUCCUGGAGGACCACAUGUUAUUACAGCUGUGUUACAAAAUGAUACCAAAAUAAUGCUACAAGAUGUGCUAUUUGGAGAUGUCUGGGUAUGCUCUGGACAGAGCAACAUGGAAUUCGACUUACGCUAUACACUGAACGCCUCUUACGAAUUUAUCGAUGCACAUUAUUACCAAGAUGUACGAAUAUUUGCAGCAAAUCGUUCUCAAAGUACAAAACCAUUGUAUGAAUUUAAUAGUCUUCAUAUACAAUGGAGCCUUCCUCAAAACAGUUCACUGGGAGUCGAUCAAAAUCAGUUUACAUAUUUCUCCGCUGUUUGUUGGUUGUAUGGGAAAUAUCUUUACCAGAAGUUGGGUUAUCCUAUUGGUCUGAUGGAAUCUAGUUGGGGUGGUACUCCAGUAGAGGCGUGGUCAGACGUCAAGUCUCUUGCACAAUGUGGAAUAAAGCCACCAUUUAAAAAUGAAUCCUAUAUGCCUUACCCUUCAACGCCUGCAGUAUUAUGGAAUGCUAUGAUACAUCCAUUGCUAAAUAAUACUAUAUAUGGUGCUAUCUGGUAUCAAGUACCAUUAGGAACUCCGGUACAGAUGAACCGAUAUAACUGUACUUUCCCUGCUAUGAUAGAUGGAUGGAGGGAAAUGUUUCAUGUUGGAUCGAAUGGUGAAACGAGUGAUACCUUCCCUUUUGGCUUUGUCCAGCUUGCACCAUGGCGAAAUUUAUCUAAUGUUGUUGGUUUUCCUGACAUCAGGUGGCACCAAACAGCCGAUAAAGGUUUUGUACCUAAUGAUAGAAUGCAAAAUGUCUUUAUGGCAGUGACUAUGGAUCUUCCUGAUUUCACAUCACCAUUCUCCGGAAUUCACCCACGUGAUAAGCAAGAUGUAGCUCACAGACUGGUUUUAUCAGCAUUAGCCAUAGCUUACAACUAUACUGGUCAGCGAUAUGCUGGGCCGUUUCCAACAGCAUAUGAGAUAUAUCAAACAAGCAGUACGGUGAAAAUAUUUUAUGAUGAAGGCUCUUUAGACGUAAGAAGCAAAGAUGGUUUUGAAAAUGAAAGCGGUGACUGUACCCCGACCAGUACAUCGUGGUAUCCUGCACCAAUAACAGAUCAUUAUGAUGCCUCUGUAACGCUGUCUUAUGUGUGUGGAACGUUGGUACCGAAUUACAUUCGUUAUGCAUGGAGGGAAUCACCGUGUCCAUUUAAAGGCUGUGCUGUUUAUGAAUCGGUACAAAAUCUACCAGCACCACCAUUCAUUGAAAAUUUAUUUAAGACUGAGAAUGAAUUAAUAAUUCCUUGCUAAUUUGAACAUUGAAAAGAUUCGAAAAUUGGCGCAAAAA